GAAUUGCGCCAAUGCGUGGGCCUUCCUUUUUAUCCAGUUCUAAACAAUUACAAAAGACUGAACUCUGAAAGAGAACGAACGUUGAAACGUGUCGUACGCCCGUAUGGUGUUUUCUUUAAUUAGAUCACUAUUCACCAGUUAAUUUGGUUUGGAAAUCAGAAUGUUGGAAGAGGUUAUUGUUCCCAUCGGAAGUGCUAAUGAUUGUGAUAUAUUGGUCGAAAAAUUUUCAAAGUCAGAGAGCUUGAGCUUUGCCGACUUCGCACGUGAAUGGAAAGCAUCACAUUUUGAAUUAAUAUUUUGUGGAAGGAGUUCGGAAGAACUGCCACUGAUUGCAAGUGAACUGUUAGCUAUAGCAAAAGCUAUACUUUUGAAUGUAAAUAAAGAGUUUGCAUCCAGAGUUGGAGCACUCUACCUUAUGUACGGAUUGUACUUUACUCAAGAAACCAAAUCCAAAGUACGUUUAACUCUUAGUGAAUUCAAAGAAUUUACAAAGUUCACUACUGUAUUGAAAGAAAAGAAGAUCAUAGAUGCGGAAUUUGUUUUUCAGAAACUUUUUAUUGGCAAAGCAUUUUUGUUCUGUGCUUGCAGUACACCAAACAAGUGUAUCCAAAUGAAUCAAACAUGCCAGUCAGAAGAAGACAUCGGAAAUCCUAUGGAUGAGAAUGAAUGUAGAUUGAUUGGAUGUGAGGGUUUGUCAUCAAAUUGUCUAAAAAAUUUGGACCUUGCACACUGUAAAUAUGAAGAGAAAAAGCAGAUAGCAGGAUUUAUAACAACUCCCUCGUCUGCUGCUCCCAGUCAACAUUUUCCGGAUGAAAUUCGAAUAAUUCUAGAUGACACCGAUUCUGAAAUUGCUGAAAUGAAAAGCAAUGGUAUCAAGCAAGGAGAAUCUACGAGCGAUUCCGGAGUAGUAAUAAAUCAAGGAGUUAUUCGAAGAGGAAUAGUUAAUUCUUCGUUUUCUCAAAUCCGAUCUCGUCGUAUGCCUGUAGAUGUUACGUCUUACGACUUGACCAGGAAAACGAAAUCGAAGCCCGAUGAUUCAGGAAACCACUGAAGUGACUGAACCCAUAAUUUAAAAAAGAAGCAGAAGUUUCGGAAAAAAUUCAUUCAAUACAGGUUUUUCAUUUUUCUGAAUCACAAUCAUUCGAAAAUAAACCAAAAUCUCAGUAACCAUAUUUUCUGUUUAAUAAAGUUUUCCCAUCACCA